AUGUCCGAUCACAGUGACUCGUUUAUAUCGGAAGGUGAUGACCUCGAUUACUGUCCACUUUGCGUGGAAGAGAUGGAUGUUACAGACCGUUCGUUCAAGCCAUGUCCUUGUGGCUAUCAAAUUUGUCAGUUUUGCUACAACAAUAUACGUACGAAUCCUGAAUUAAACGGUAGAUGUCCGGCGUGCAGAAGACAUUAUGACGAUAAGAAUAUCGAGUAUACUCCUAUAGAUCCUGAUGAUCUGAAGCAGCAACAGUUGAAGCUUGAAAGACGGAAAAGAGAAAAGAGACAGCAAGAAAAGGAAAGAAAGGACGCAGAAAUGGCAAAACGUCACCAUUUGGCCGGCGUUCGGGUUAUCCAGAAGAAUUUGGUUUAUGUUGUUGGGCUCAGUCCUCCCUGUCCUCCUGAAGAAUUACCUUCUCUACUUCGAUCCGACAAGUACUUUGGUCAGUACGGACGUAUCUUGAAGAUAGUCAUCAACAAGAGAACUCCAGGUCCGGGGAGCCAUCAUCAGGGUCCACCUUUGAAUUCUGGUGCAGGUUUCUUUACAGGUGCCGGUGCGGGUUCGAGUUACGGUGUCUAUGUGACCUUUGCAAGGAAAGAGGACGCCUCUCGAUGCAUUAAAUCUAUCGAUGGCUCUAUUAGCGAUGGACGGAUACUUAAAGCUGCUUACGGUACCACCAAAUACUGCUCAUCGUACUUGCGUGGGGUUCCUUGUCCAAAUCCAAACUGUAUGUUUUUGCAUGAACCUGGUGAGGAGGCCGACACAUUCUCUAGACAGGAUCUGUCUACGAGAUCCGUCAAUAAUAGAAUGCUGGAAGAGCAGGAACAACAGGAACGUGUUGCACUGCAUGGUCUGGUUCCACCCUUACCUGAAUCUGGUAACAGCUCUCCCCAUAUCAGUCAUAUUCCGUUGACUACUCAUCACGUUCACGAACCCGCUCUUCCUUCUACUGCCUCUUGGGGUAAAGGAACUAACGGUAAUGGCAGUUCUUCAACUCAUCACCAGCAAUCUUUACCAUCGGAGACUUUUUCUUCUUUCCCGACUUUGGGAGAUGCUUUACAAAAGGCGCAGAAGCAACAAGAGGCCCAGAUCCUGUUACAACAACAGCAGGGUAAGAAGAAGGACAAGCGUGAAAAGGAAUCGAAUCAUACGAUUGUUUUGAAUGACACUUUAUUGAGCUACAAGAUGAUUGGAGAGUCUUUGAAGCAGCUGAACAACCAGGAUGAAUUCUCUUACACCAUCAAGCCUUCCUUCAGAAAAGACUCUAGUGAUUCGUUCCUGCUAUUCCAUACUCUUGAUAUGGAUAGCCUUGAAAAUAAUGAUAUGGGAUCUUUGGAAGAUGAGACUGAGAGACGUCAUAUGCAGCAGCUUGUGAAUUCACUUCUCUUCACUCCAUACUCUAAGAGUUACGCUUACAAGCCCGCUGUUCAGGCAGCAUCCGCCACAUCUACUGCAUCUCCUCAAGAGAAUCAGCUUCAACUUCAACAGCAGCAGCAGCAACAGCAACAGCAACAGCAGCAAAUUCAACAGUUGCAAUUGCAGCAGCAGCAGCAGCAGCUAUUCUUGCAACAACAACAGCAACAGCAGCAACGGCAGCAGCAGCAGCAGCAAAGAUCCGGCACUCCAGUUCAGCAGCAGUCUUCGCAGCAGUUUUUACAGCAGCAGUUUCUUCAACAGCAAUUCUUACAGCAACAACGUCAGCAACUCCAAGGAACUAGUACACCUCCUCCACCGGGUCUUGUCAACGGUUCUUCUACAGAAAUGAAUAGCAAGACUCAUAGUACGGAGUUGUUGAAUCAGUUGAUGGGAAAGAAAGUGACAGCAUAA